AUGGAGUUCGAUACUAAGACGCCUCUUUACCAGACUUCGGACAAGACAUCUUUCGCCUACAUCUCGGCGCGCGACCGCUGGCCUAUUAUUCUUACAGGAGCCAUUGACGACUUGCACAAGGCAAUUGGCAAGACCGAGGACUCUGAGAAGCAAACCGAGGGCAAGAGCAUUGUUUCGGAGCUCGCGAAACUCAAGUAUGAGUUGCAGCACGAUCGUCAGCUUACACCUCUUGCCGACGACGGACAAGGUGAUAUUGAGGGCUACAACAAGGAACUAGAGCAGCUUGGCAACCCCAAGUGGUUCAAUGUGCCAUGGCUGUUCUCGGAGUGCUACCUGUACCGCCGCAUGGCCACUCUCUUCAAACUCUCGACCCACUGGAAGAACUACGACGUCUUCAACAAGCAAAAGAUGUCGACUUUCCGCUCUUCUCGUCCUGCGGUCCUGGAACUCGCCUCCCGCUACAACGAACUCACCAAACAACUAUCCUCGAAAUCCGCUUCCUCCCAAUCAGAGGAAGAGCGCGUGGCAGCUGAGAAGGUCCUCUUUACCGAAAUGUGCGAGAUUUGUCUCUGGGGCAACGCUACCGAUCUCUCGCUCCUCACCAAUCUCACCUACGAAGACAUUCAGAAACUGCAAGGUUCCAAGGCCAGAAAGGCGGCAGAGAAGAACAUUAUCGCCAAUGACUUUGACGCAGCCUUUGAAUUGCUGCACGCAGCCAAAACUCAAGACACCAAGGAACGCCGCGUAGAUAUCGUUCUCGACAAUGCCGGCUUUGAACUCUUUGUCGAUGUCAUUCUCGCUGGAUACCUGUUGCAAGCCGGCUUGGCUACCACAGUAGUCUUGCACCCCAAGAACAUCCCUUGGUUUGUUUCCGAUGUCGUGCCCAAGGACUUCUCAGACCUCUUGACCGUGUUGGUCAACGCAAAGCACUUUUACGAGUCGCCCUCUGAAGACGAUGAAGCCAAGGGUGUUACACCUUCUCCUUUGUCAGAACAGGAGGCUUCAGAUAUGCAACAGUUGUUCCAGAACUGGAGUGAAUUGUAUGCAGAGGGCAAGAUUGUGCUCAGACCCAACAGAUUCUGGACCGAGGCGGGCAGUUACUGGAGACUUCCCGGUACUGCAUCGGCACUCUUCGAAGACUUGAAGACCAGCGAAUUGGUCAUCUUCAAGGGCGACUUGAACUACAGAAAGUUGACUGGUGAUGUGACCUGGGAUCCCACAACCCCCUUCACCUCCGCCAUUGGCCCUCUAGGCCCCAACUCAGGCAUGCGCACCCUCGCCCUCCGUACCUGUAAAGCCGACGUCGUAGUCGGUCUGCCCAACGGCGAAGACGAGCGUCUCCGCGUCUCUGAAAACGAUGGCGGCGACAGCGGUGCCCGUAAAUGGGCUUGGAGUGGCAAGUAUGCAGUUGUCCAGCUGUGUGACGGCAAAGCAAAGAAGUAG